CAUCACAAUUAUUUUAAAUUUUGUGCUAACAACACGUUCAGGAAAGUCUCCUAAAAUUUUUAAAUACUUACAACAGAUAAAAAUAUAAACAUAAAUUAUGACAUCGCGAGUAUUCCGUGAAACGCUCUUUGUGGCAGUUGAAAAUAUCCUACAGGACUCGCAGGACAAAGAUCGUGACUGCCUUGAGACCGUGGAACUGCAGAUUGGACUUAGGGACUACGAUCCUGAGAAAUGCAAACGCUUUCAUGGAAGUGUUCUUCUACAUCACCUGGCAGUUCCUCAGUUAAAGGUGUGUGUGAUUGGAGAUCUACAGCAUUGUUAUGAGGCAAAGGCCAUUGGAGUUGAUUGCUUGGAUGUGGAGGCCCUCAAGAAGCUGAACAAGGAUCAAAAGUUGAUAAGGAAGUUGGCCAAAUCGUACGAUGCCUUCUUGGCCUCCGAGUCGAUAAUCAAGCUGAUCCCAAAGCUACUGGGUCCAGGUCUUACCAACGCUGGCAAGUUUCUCACUCCGCUGAGUCACAAGGAGUCGAUGAGAUCCAAAAUCAAGAUACUUUCCACCAAGAAGCUACUCAUGAAGAAGAUGGCCUGUCUAUCCGUUAAUGUUGGGCAUGUUGGCAUGCACCCAGAGGAACUGACCCGAAACAUAAGCAUUUCCAUCAACUUUCUCGUUUCCCUGUUGAAGGGGAACUGGCAGAAUGUCCGCUCACUUCAUAUUAAAUCAUCCUUCGGUGUACCUCAUCGUCUUUUGUAAAGAAACCAUUUAGAUUAGUAUGUAUUUAUGUGGACCAUGUGUGUAAAGUAGUCAAACAAUUAUAAAUGUGAAAUAAAAUGGCUCUAUUUGAAA